UUAUAAACAAUGAACGUCAAAAUUUAAACUAAUUUUAGAAAAUGGGAAAAUUUAUGGAAUUUGUAAAAGUUUAUUGGAAAAGUUUGUUUACAAUAUUUUGGCCCGUAUUUCCUGCAUUUAUUUUUAUAUACGACUAUUCCCCUCCUUACCGAUGCAUCUACGUAGUGAUUAUUAUGUGUGGCUACUGGAUAACAGAAUGCAUAGCACCACCUAUAACUUCUUUAUUACCGAUGAUAUUAUUCCCUCUAAUGGGCAUUUUAAGUUCAGACAAAGUCGCUGCAAAUUACAUGAAUGAUACCAACAUGAUGCUCAUCGGAAGCAUUGUGAUAGCAAUUGCAAUGGAAGAAUCAAGACUUCACAUCAGAAUAGCUUUAUAUGUGAUUAAAUUCGUAGGCUGUAGUAUAAAACGCUUGCACGUUGGUUUAUGUGUAGUAACUGCCUUCAUUUCGAUGUGGAUAGCUAACACUGCGGCUACAGCACUAAUGUUGCCCAUCGUAGAAGGUUCUCUGGUAGCUAUGCAAGAACAAGGUUUACUCCAGAUGUGGCAAAAGCCAAAAGACGCAACAAUUGGUGGUAAAGAUGAACACGAGGAGGAAGACCUAGAUCCUACAGAUAUAACAAUGUGCUACUAUAUAUCUAUCGCUUACAUGGCAACCAUAGGAGGCACAGGAUGCAUAAUAGGGUCCGGAUCCCAUCUGGCUUACAAGGGAGUUUAUGAGACAAGAUUUCCAAAUAGCCCAGGAGUUGAAUUUGCUAAGUGGAUGAUGUUUAAUAUUCCUAUUAUGAUAAUAAACGGUAUAUUGACAAUUACAUGGAUGCAAUUCUGGUUUUUCGGUCUCUUUAGAUCUCGGUCGAGAAAAGCCAGAGCAGUUAAUCUAAGUGCAGAAGCAGAACGGGUAGCAAGGGAAAUAAUAGACCAGCAGAUCCAUGACCUCAAAGAGUUAAAUUUUGCCGAAAUAGUUGUUGGUAUUAGCUUCGUUUCAUGCGUUUUGCUCUGGUUCUUCAGACGACCUGGCUUUAUGACUGGAUGGCCUAAACUCAUAACAGAUGUUAAAGUUGGAGAUGCUGUUGUUGCAAUUAUAAUUGUUAUGGUUGUAAUUGUCAUCCCAUUUUAUCCGGAUUUUCUAUACUUUUUCACUAGAGAUGAAGAUAAAAGACCAAUUGCUCCAACACGUAGUAUCGUCUCUUGGAAAACAAUCGAACAUAAAAUGCAUUGGGGGUUAUUGUUUAUCUUAGGAGGUGGAUUCGCAAUGGCAGAUGCUGCUAAAGCAAGUGGAAUGACAGAACUUAUAGCCAACUCCCUUAAGUCCUUUUUACAAAAUGACAAAAUCUACAUACUCAUAGUCUGUAUUGGUAUGGCUUCAAUUAUCACGCAGUUCUUAUCCAGUAACGUAGCCUGUGUAACUAUUCUCACACCUAUCAUUAUGGAUAUGUCAGUCGUGGCUAAAUUGCAUCCAAUGUAUUUAGGAUUAUCUGUUGCACUAGCCUGCUGUCUUUGUUUUUUGUUGCCAGUAUCCACACCACCAAAUGCACUAAUCGCAGGACCUUGUAGAGUUAAAGGUGUAGAAAUGGCUAAGGCUGGUAUUGGUGUUUACUUUAUCUGUCUAACAACAUUACUGUGUAUAUUCCCCAUUUGGGCUCCUGUUAUUUGGGAUUUAGAGUUUCCAGAUUGGGUACAUUAGUACAAGAAAUAAAUAAGAAAAAAUGAAAUCUAAUUUCUUUAUAAAUAUCAAUAUUGAAUAAAUAUACAAUAUUUAAAAAUAA